AUGGAGAAGCAUGGAUUGGGUGAUGGUCCUUAUGCUGGCACAUUAGAUGGCAGAAUUCUCAAGUACCAAAAACUCACCAACUCUUUUAUGGACUUCGCCACUGCUACACCAACAAGGACAGGAGCCGAGGCCAUCCGGACUGGGGACUCUACAGGAAGGCUGUUAGAAUACAAUCCAAAAACCAAGAAAGUGACAACACUGCUCGCAAAUCUUGGCGGAGCGUUAGGGGUAGCUACUGCUGCUGGUGCCUCCUAUGUCCUAGUCUCGGAGUUCAUUGCUAAGAGAAUUAAAAGGCUGAAUCCGCGGAGGCAAACGCCACGGCCCAUCCCGCUUCCAGCUAAAGAAGGGAACCGCCACCCUAUCUACGUUGUGGAGGUAGACAAGGCCAUCCGAACUGGGGACUCCACAGGAAGACUGUUAGAAUACAAUCCAAAAACCAAAAAAGUGACCACACUGCUCUCAAAUCUCGGGGGAGCUGCAGGGGUGGCUACUGAUGCUGCUGCCUCCUAUGUCCUAGUCUCAGAGUUCAUUGCUAAGAGAAUUACAAAGUAUUGGCUCAAAGGAGAAAAAGCUGGCACUUCAGAAAUUUUCUUGACUUUUACAGGAAAUCCAAACAAGAUUAAGAGGAAUUGGGAGGGCAAUUAUUGGGUUCCGCUAAACUAUCCAAGGCCGGACUAUACCAAUGCCCCUAAGGGUGUGAAAUUCAGCCCAUCAGGGCAAAUUCUAGAUACAGUGGAUUUCAGCAAGGAAUACUAUCAAAAUAUUACUGCUGUUGUGGAACAACGUGGAAAAUUUUUUCUUAGCGGUCUCUUCAUCCCAUAUAUUGGCCAGUAUGAAUUGGAAUACCUCUACCAUUGA